UAUUCCACCAACCGCCCCGCUGCCAUGGAGUGCCACCUCAAGACCCACUACAAGAUGGAGUACAAGUGCCGGAUCUGCCAGAUGGUGAAGGCCAACCAGCUGGAGCUGGAGACGCACACACGGGAGCAUCGCCUCGGCAACCACUACAAGUGUGACCAGUGCGGCUACCUGUCCAAGACGGCCAACAAGCUCAUCGAGCACGUGCGCGUCCACACCGGGGAGCGGCCCUUCCACUGUGACCAGUGCAGCUACAGCUGCAAGCGCAAGGACAAUCUCAACCUGCACAAGAAGCUGAAGCAUGCCCCCCGCCAGACCUUCACCUGCGGAGAGUGCCUGUUCAAGACCACACACCCUUUCGUCUUCAGCCGCCACGUCAAGAAGCACCAGAGUGGGGACUGCCCCGAGGAGGACAAGAAGGGCAUGUGUGCAGCCCCCAAGGAACCAGCUGGCCCCGGGGCCCCGCUCCUUGUCGUCGGGAGCUCGCGGAGUCUCUUGUCUCCCCUGUCGGUCAUGUCCGCCUCGCAGGCUCUGCAGACCGUGGCCCUGUCCGCUGCCCAUGGCAGCAGCUCAGAGCCCAACCUGGCACUCAAGUCUUUGGCCUUCAACGGCUCCCCUUUGCGUUUCGACAAGUACCGGAACUCGGAUUUUGCCCAUCUCAUUCCCUUGACAAUGUUAUACCCCAAGAACCACUUGGAUCUCACAUUCCACCCUCCCCGACCUCAGACUGCACCUCCCAGCAUCCCCUCCCCCAAACACUCCUUCCUCGCCUAUCUCGGACUAAGAGAAAGAGCAGAGACUGUCUGAGGCAGCCAUGUUCUGUACCAAAAACAAAGAGACAGAGACAAAAAAAAUAAACCCACAAAACUUAAAACACAACCCCAGCAGGUGUAUGUUGCUGCAAAACCUACAGACCCCCAUGGGUCUGAACCACGUGUACUGUAUAUCUUUAGUAAGGAGUAGAGAAUUGGCUCUGUGUGUAUACCUAUUGCAUUGACCUGAAAGCUGCUUUAUCCAAUCUUCAGAGAGGUGACCUACUGCAUACAUCUACCUACAGAGGCAUGCCACCCCAGCCACCCACUCCCACUCUCUGCCCUUCUCCGUUCUUUUAUCUGAAAAGAAUUCUGUCUUGUUAAGCCCUAAAGAGAGUGUCCUUAAUAGCAAUCAGCACUUGUACGCUUACAUACUGGUGCAUUUCGUUUUCUGUUGGGUGAAUGGGGUGUGUGGGCGUUUGUGGAUCCUGAAAGAGAAAGCCGUGUGCCGUGUGCCGUUGACGUUUCUAUCGCACAUUCUUCGACCUGGCUUCUUGAACAGCGAUGAACAUUCUUUGCCCUCCUGGGUUGUUCAUCCACUGCAGUCUCUCCCCAAGCUCCUGCGUCACCUUCCCCUCUCUAUUUUAUGGCGACAGAGUGGUAGGGCCUGGUGCUUCAUCGAUGAAGGAAUGGUAGACAGCCACAGUGCUGCUUGAGAUUUCCGACAGAGUACUGGAGACCUUGUGCUCCGAUCUUUGGUUUUGAAGACGCGCGGCAGCAAGAGUCUGAUCUGGAAGAAAUUUCUCACAGCACUGCAGCCAACAUCACAAAACUUAAGUGUGUUUUGUGUGUGUGUCCAUAUGUACACAACGUGUGGUAUACUCACACAGUGCGUCAUUCUUUUAAGGGCAAACUCUAUACAUAUAUAUAUAUAUAUAUAUAUAUAUAUAUAUAGUGUUUUAAUUCAGUGGUUACCGUUUGUUUGCAGGAAAAAAUAAAACCAUAGUAUGAGUGAAAAAUUUUAUGGUUGAUAAAUCCAGCCAAGGAGAUUAAAAGGGGUUUGGAUAAAUUCUGGGUAGAAAUGCUCAGACUAAAAAAAAAGAAACGGCAGUUUUGCACAGUGCUUUGGUCUUGCACUAGUUUUUCUCAUCUGCAAAAAAAUAAAGUAAAAUAAAAGGAAGGAAAUGUACCUUUUAUAUGGAACGAGUAGACUGUAUGUUUGAAAAUUUCGUCACAACCUCAUUGACACAUAACCACCCAACAAGGUGCUGUUUAGUCCUACGGUUCAGUUUAUGCCCCUGAGAAGUUUUCCAUUGUGUUUGCAGGUCGUCCGGCUCUAGCGGUAUUCUCCAUGUUAGUAAUAAUUCUGUAUUCCAUUUUGUUAACGCCUGGUAGAUAUAACCUGCUAGGAGGCUAACUUUAUACUUAUUUAAAGCUCUUAUUUUGUGGUCAUUAAAAUGGCAACUGAUGAGCAGCACUUUAUUGCAGCAAGAAGCAGAUGUGGCUGGUUGCAUAGCCCUUUGCUAAUCUUUGAAAGUAAUGGGUGAUUUAAAAGGAAACGAAUUCUUUGGCUGACUGUGUUAAUUGCUUGUAUUUUUAAGACAACAGAAUUUCCACUAUGAAACAGGCUGAAAGAGCAGGAAGAAAUGUGCUUUGUAUAAUAAUGGGAAGUCUGGGAUAUAAAAGUUUAUAUAUUAUUUAUCUAUUGAAAAACUGGUGUACAGGAGGAAUGCUUUCUUACUGCGUUGCUGUUUUCCAUCAUGUGUUAUAUCCUAGAGUUGGGAAUUUUUUUUUUCCAUCUGUUUCACCAGGGGAAAAUAAAAGCAUACCUAAUUUUUUUCCUCUAGUCAGUUUGCUUCACUGAAGCCCCCCUCGAAAUUGGUACAGUUCUACAGGAAGCCAGGAGACUGUACCGUCUGUCCACACCAUAGCUCCCCCACCACAGACACCCACCCUUCUCCCCGCAGACCUACAGCAGGUGUGCUGCACCUUCCUUCGCCAGUCAUCCAGCCCUGGCAAACCUGUUUACACUAAGAUGUCCCCGGGGGCAGGGAGGCUGAGCCAGCUAAGGCGGGAAGUUCCCAUACCCUCGGUCAUCCUGCAGCAGACAUUUGCUUUUGGCCAUGUUUGAAACGUCAUUCAACCUCGCCAUGUCAAUGUCUCAGUAAAAAGACACUAUAGACAGUUAUGGACAAUACACUCCAAGAAUACCGGGAAAAUGGGUGGGUCGGUUUUUCUAAAGUCAUGUCUUUAUCCCCAUAUAAUGGAGAAUGUGCCACUUGGCUAAUAAUGUGCUUUCAAAAUUACAAGUUCAGUGAUGACAAGAAAGAGGACCACGGUGAUCCCACCACAGAGAGGCUGGCAGAAAAGGCGAGGCACAUGUUAAGCACCAGCAGGUUAAAAACCUGGAAGGGUGGCCCUGACAAUUAGGACUACAGGUGUUACAGCAUGCCACUUGUGCAAUAUGAGGUCCUAGGCGGAAACUUUCAAGAUCAAGAGGGAUGUUGGAAGGAGACGUUUACUGCUCAAAUGCCAUGCAUUCUCUGCUUGCCACUGAACUUGUAUUUGAAUGACUUAGUUAUGCUUGAUGUAAUUGGGCAACUUUUGUAGCACUUUGGAACGCGUCAUCAACCUUUCUGGUAAAUUAUAAAAAAGUUUUCUGAGUGAGAAAAGGUGUGUUUGGAGUUUGUUUGACUUUUUAUAUUAUUAUUAUUGUUAUUAAUAAAGAAAAAAUCUACAGCAUUUUUCAGACUCCACCGAGAUACUAUGUACCCCUGAAUUUGGUUUGCAGUUUCAUACUCAGGGAAGGAUGGAUUCCGUAGAUAUCCUUUCCAUGUAAAACACUAACGUCUUUGAGAAAUUCACCUGCCAACUAACUUGCAAUUCUGUUUUCACUAUGCAUUCUUCAAUGAAAGCUAGCUUAUUUUUCCAUAUAGUAAUGCAGUUAGUUUUCUCAGCACUUUCUUCGAUCCUUUUUUUUAACCCCUCAUGUUAUGUUCCGAUGAUCAUACUGUCAAGGUUUGUGUACAUUACUGAAAAUUUGUAUUGUAUAAAGCUUUUUGCAUUACAAGGCUGUACAGGGUCAUUUUGACAGUAACUGGUAUAUUCCUUUGCAUCUUAUGUUGCAUUGCCAAUUUCUAGUGUAUCCAGUUUGGAAGUAUAAUAUACUCUAAUUAAAAAAAAAAAAAAAGGUUGGCUAUA